AUGGCCGGUCUCACCAUGGACAAUUUCUUUGGCCAACAGCGACAGCUGCUCCUCAACGCCUCUACUUUAACUAUUCCCAACUUCAUGAAGGUAGUUGACAUCCGAUAAUCUUCGAUACCGUUCGACCCCCCACCCCCCCCCACCCUUCUUGACGGUCGAAUGUCUGCCGCCAGCAGUUUUUUCUCCUGAACUCUCCAAACCAUGAAAACCACCAUCAACUAUAUUUUUAUUCCUUAAACUCAGGAGUUUUUUUCGCUGCUGGUUGGAUUUGUGUUUAACGCUUCCCUUGACAAUGCCUGUAAACUGGCAUUAAAUAAAAUUAUCAUGUUAUCAUCAUAUCAUGACUCCGCGAGGACGGCGGAAGCAAAGCAUUAUUAUUGCAGGAGAUUUCAGUGUUCAGUGGAUUAACGGGAACCCUGUGACAUUUAAGGGCCACACACGAAAUUUCGACCAAAUGCUAUUAGCCAUGGCACAUGAUUAAUUUCUGUUUUAGCAUGUACGAACACUGACCCGGAUGCGUGACUGUCGGAGGGCUAGUUUCCUAGACCUAUUGUUCACCAAGAACUAUGAAAUAAAUGCAGGCCCGCUGCUAGGUUCUUGCGGUCACAUGACAUUAAUUUGGCAGUCAACACUCGUAACUGUCCCCGAAAGAAGAUCAAACUCGUUAAGAAAUAUUUGGCAGGGUAACUUUGAGGCAAUUAAAUCGGAAACUGGACACACACUAAGGCCGGAAGCAUUGCAAUGAGAUGUCGAAGAAUGCUGAACAACCUUCGACUCAACUAUGAGAGACUUCAUUGAACGAUACUGUCGUCUUAAUAAACAUCAGGCCGGAAACAAACCGAAAUGACUGACAACAUCGGUUAAGAAUGGAAUCCGAAAAAAACGCAAGUGGUGGAAAAUCUUCUUACAAACGGGAGCCCAGAAAAACUUCAACAAUUUAGACAACAGCGAAACUUAUGCAAAAUACUCAUCCAUGAAGUAGGUGCUUCUUAUGAACUGAAGUUCCUGGGAGAGGCACAGCAAAAACCUAGAGCGUUCUAUGCAUACAUCAGGAGCAGUACAAAAAACCAAGACCAUCUCACAACCUUAAAGGACAAAGAUAACCAAAUUGUGAUUGGUGACUUUCAAAAAACCGAGCUUCUUUCAGAGUCUUUCCAAAGUGUCUAUACCGCUUAACCACCACUCCCCAGUUCUGUUCUCUGUCACAGCUCGCCAACCAAUCACUUAAAAACACAGUAUUGUUUACACCGCAGCUAGUUUUCGCGGAGUUAUAUAAGCUGGAUCCGGCCAAGUCACCUGGACCAGAUGAGGUCGCACGUGUACUCCUACGUCAACUAGCUGAAGAAUUAGCAGAACUACUCUGUAUAAUCUUCCAAAAAAAUAGCUGGAAGCUGGCAAACUUCCCGUCACAUGGAUACUGACAAACGCCGCAUCCAUCCACAAGGGCAGAUCACGGCUAUAUCCUACCAACUACCAGCCGGUGAGUUUGACAUGCAUUUGCUGCAAUCCGAUGGAAAAGUUAGUUGAAAAACCAAUCGCAUCGCUCGAUCCAUUCCGCUGUUACAUCAGUUCAGUUCAACAUGGCUUUUGUGGAAAGAGGUCAUGCCACACAAACAUGCUUACGUCGCCCGAACAUUGGUACAGGACCAUGGACGAAGGACAUCCAGUUGAUGUCAUUUACUAUGACUUCAGAAAGGCGUUUGAUUUCGUCCCACAUAUGCGUCUCGUUCAAAAGUUGUCAGGAGUAGGCAUAAGAGGGGAUCUUUAGAACUGGACUCAAGACUUCCUAAACGGUCGUAGACAACAAGUAACUGCCGGUGGCUACUGCUCAGAGUGCGCACCCGUUAAAAGUAGGAUCCCACAAAGGUCCGUUCUUGGGCCGUUCCUAUUCAGUAUCUAUGUAAAUUAUCCAGUACGAGAAGUGAAAUCGGACAUAGCGCUCUUUGCAGACGAUCUUAAACUUUGGAUAGUGACAAAAGAUGAAGAUGUCGUCAAGAGACUACAAGCGGACGUAGAGAAUAUGAACGGAUGGAGCGAGAAAUGGUACAUGAAUUUCAACGCCACAAAUGUGUAAUAAUGCACGUAGUUUCAGCAGGACGAAGAACAAAAGCACCUCACGACAGUGUCUCCUGGACAAUCAACAACUUUAGACCAUAGAUAUGCGAAAAAAUCUCGGCGUAUUCAUUAAAGACGAUGUAAGCGUCACCACGUAGUGCUCUAAAGUCGCAGUGCGAGCAGUGUCAGUCAUGCGCGCGAUACGCAGAACCUUUGUUAACUUGAAUACAUACAGUAGAUGUGCUAACUCAUGAAAUGCCAACCAAAAUUUUGAAGUGCGUUCUCUUUUCGAAAAGAUAAAUUAAGCAGUGUUGUAAAACUAAUCAUGAUGCAGCAUAAAUCUGUAAUGAUUCAGUUACCUCAGGGUGUCAGCUUUUGAGAGAACUUAUUUUCGGCUGCAUGCAAUAUAUAUACUCUGCAAAAAAUGACUACUUAUGUAGCAUAAACAUUUUCUCAUUGAUUUUCGAUGCCCUUGAAAAUUCAAUUAUAUUUCAUGGAAAACAUGCAUAAAAAUAUUCAUUCCUUAACUUAUUCGGUAGAAAAUCACGUCCUCUUCCAAUUUCAUACUAAAAAGAAGGACAUAAUUCGGUUUUAAAAAACUCUUCUUAUUCCCAAAUAAUUUUGAACUCUACCUGCUGUGACACUUGCAUUCAGGGUUUCAAACCUACAAGUUGUAUAUUUCCCGUGUACGGAAGACCAUGCAUUUAUCUACGGUGUUAAGACGAGACCAUAUGAGGUUCAUAAAAUUAACCCGUGGAUUUGAGCAAUAUUGUUGACUUUACAAGCCAAAUUCGUAAAUGCAGAUACAUGGCGUCUCAUGAACGGCCAUUUAACGGUAUUAAAAACCUCACAAUUAGAAACUUUUUUAAAACCGAAUUAUGCCCUUCUUUUUAGUAUGAAAUUAGAAGAGGACGUGAUUUUCUACCGAAUAAGUUAAGGAAUGAAUAUUUUUAUGCAUGUUUUCCAUGAAAUAUAAUUGAAUUUUCAAGGGCAUCGAAAAUCAAUGAGAAAAUGUUUAUGCUACAUAAGUAGUCGUUUUUUGCAGAGUAUAUAUAUUGCAUGCAGCCGAAAAUAAGUCCUCUCAAAAGCUGACACCCUGAGGUAACUGAAUCAUUAUAGAUUUAUGCUGCAUCAUGAUUAGUUUUACAACACUGCUUAAUUUAUCUUUUCGAAAAGAGAACGCACUUCGAAAUUUUGGUUGACAUUUCAUGAGUUAGCACAUCAACUGUAUGUCCUUGGCAAGGUAUAUGGGGCAUUUGUGCAGCCGCACCUGGAAUAUGCGGUACAGGCUUGGCGGCCGUGGCUUCGAAAGGAUAUAAACCUCCUUGAGGAUGCACAACGACGUGUUGCAAAGGCUGCUCAUGACCGUAAAAAUUUUACGUACGGGCAUAGCCUGACGACCUUGAACCCCUAUUCCCUCCACUACAGGCAGGACACAGGUGACCUGAUCGCAACGUUUCAAUUGCUAUGAGGACCUAGUCUGGAUGUCGACUGUGAAACGCUUUUUGAAAUGGCACCGAAGUCUAAUCUCAGACGGCGCGAUUACCAGCUUAGAAAGGAACUGUGCCACACAAAUCAACGUUCCUCCUUUUUCUGACAGAGGGUCACUCGUCACUGGAAUUCUUUGCCGAAGCCUGUUGCUAAUUCCCCUACCGUGAAUGUGUUCAAGACACAACUGGUUGAUCACCUCAUAAAAGACAACCCGAACUGCCGAUGACAUGAAGAUAUGGAGUGUGAUUCGGGGUUCUGCCCGACGAAGACAGACUGCCGAUGAGCCUGAAUCGGUUGGAGGAGUGGUCAAACCGUUGGCUCCUGCGUUUCAACGUUCGCAAAUGUAACAUACUUCGCCGUGGCAUCACAGCCAGAUCCGGCAGCACAAGAGACUACUUUCUGGACGGUGCAGCCCUACAAGAGGUCGAAGCCCAAAAGGACCUCGGUGUGAUGACUACGAGUCCCCUAAAGCCAUCCGCCCAUUGUUCUAGAGUGGCAAAAGGCACAGUGUCCGUACUGUGCGCAAUCAAGCGUGCGUUUAUGGACUUUGACGAGGACGCUUUCUCGGAGUGAAUCUACUGAUAGACAGAAGCGUUCUUACAACUUCCUGCUAAAAAAUGUUUCUCGAUCUGCUCGGCCAAUUGAUGUUGCGACCAGUUUCCUGUAAUCAUGUGGUUUCAACUAUAAAAUAGCUGAUGCCAAACGCUUGUCCUCCCGUAGUACAAAUCCACCCAUCUUAGUCAAAUUGUUUUCAUCAAUCGAAGUUGACACAAUCUUUACUCAUCGAGAGCGUGUCACUGCGUACCUAGAGAAGGCAAAAUUUUUCCUUUGUCAUGAUCUUACUCCUAUGGAGCGUAGAAUCGGGUCUCUAUUCUCACGUAAACCUACUGCUUCUCAGUCUAAUGCUCCCCAACUCGGUCAUAAUACAAGUGGCCGUAAGGAUUCAUCUUCUCGUACUCCUGCGACAUCUGACUCCCUCCUUCCUCCUUCUCCUACGUCUCCAUCUCACUCAAGCCACUUGACGCAUUUGCCUGCCCCUAAACUUGCAGCAGCAGCAGCAGCAGCAGCAGCAGCAGCAGCAGCAGCAGCAGCAGCAGCCCCAUUUGUCGUUUCGUAUCCUCCGGAUAGUCCCGCCGAGACACAUGAAAAUCCGUCUACAUCAGCUAGACCGAUAA